AUACACAUGUAUAUAGCUCAUCAUUCUUCAUCUCCUAAGACAUUCACAAAAAAUGUCAUUACCUAAUUCACUCUUCUAUACAUUUUUCUUGAUCUUAUUCUCAACGAUUCGAAUUGCUCAAAGCAUAUAUUUAAGUCCAUCACCGGCUCCAAAUCCGGCUUACAAUGAUAACGACAAUAUUGCGCCAACCGUCUUCGACGUGACUUCAUUUGGAGCCAUCGGCGAUUGCUCGACCGACGACACGUCAGCAUUCAAAAUGGCAUGGGACGCUGCAUGUAUGAGUACAGGGCCUAAGUCAGCCCUGCUUCUUGUCCCUUACACUUUCUGUUUCUUGGUUAAGCCAACCACCUUCAAUGGUCCUUGCAGAACAAAUCUUGUACUACAAAUCGACGGGUUCAUUGUAUCGCCCGAUGGACCGAGGUCAUGGCCAUCGAACUACCAGAGGCAGUGGAUGAUGUUUUACAGAGUUAAUGGAUUAUCAAUUCAAGGCUCUGGUGUUAUCAACGGCCGUGGUCAGAAAUGGUGGAAUCUUCCUUGCAAACCACACAAGGGCCUUAACGGAACGACUCAAACCGGUCCUUGUGACAGUCCAGUAGCGAUUAGGUUAUUUCAGAGCUCAAAAGUAAGAAUCCAAGGGAUUAACUUCAUGAACAGCGCUCAGUUUCAUGUAAGGUUUGACAACUGCAGUGACGUCGUGGUUGAUUCCGUGAUAAUCAAGGCACCAGCUUCUAGUCCUAACACUGAUGGGAUCCAUAUUGAGAAUACACACAAUGUUCAGAUUCGCAAUUCCAUGAUUUCCAACGGAGAUGAUUGUAUUUCUAUCGGAGCCGGCUGCUUUAAUGUCGAUAUUAAGAAUGUUACGUGCGGUCCAAGCCAUGGGAUUAGCAUAGGUAGCCUCGGAGUCCACAACUCGCAGGCCUAUGUCUCGAACAUAACAGUGACAAACUCAACCAUAUGGAACUCAGACAACGGUGUUCGGAUCAAGACAUGGCAAGGAGGGUCAGGCUCGGUUUCAAGAAUUGUGUUCAGUAACAUUUUGAUGGUCAACGUUCGUAACCCUAUAAUGAUAGACCAGUACUACUGUCAAACCAAUAACUGUGCUAACCAAACCAGCGCAGUCAUUAUAAGCGAUGUUCUCUAUGCAAAUAUCAAAGGGACUUACGACCUGAGAAGCCCACCCAUACAUUUUGGUUGCAGCGACUCUGUCCCCUGUACUAACCUCACACUCACGGAAGUCGAUCUGUUUCCUUCCAAAGGCCAGCAUUUGGAAAACCCGUUCUGCUGGAACGCGUAUGGAAGCAUGAAGAUUACAGUACCACCUGUUUAUUGUCUACUCGAUGCACCUCCGGACUUCUAACAGAAAAAGAUAUGUUCAUCGCAGUUCACCAACUUGUAUUCAGAUUCAGAACCAAGUAUGAACACAAAAAUGUGAGGGUAGCUUCAAUAUCAGUAAAGAGUAUCGAAGAACUUAGUCUAAAGGUUAGACAUUACCCUAAAAGUAUGUAAUUUUUUAGGAUGCACACUAUAUACAGUUGUGAUAGGCUCAAAGAAGUCAAUCUAGUUUGUAACAUAAAUAAAUAAAAAGUACUUUGAGAAACAGAAGAAGACCCUUAAAUCAGAUUCAUACAUUGAAUUUUCCUCAAAAUGAUUAGUACUUUGAGCAGAAAGAUUGCAUAUUUCCAAAUCUCAUUGCAUUGGCACCACUGGCAAGUAGGCAUAUAUCAUUUUUCAUUUGAUACCACUUUUGAAGAAGAAAAUGAAUCUAGUUUAUGAAACUUGAAUGCAAUGAUGCAUAUAUGAAGAGGAGAUAGUAGAGAAGUGAACUUAUAUUCCAU